ACAUGUAUGACAUACAGAUUUCGGACAUUGUUCAUACGAUACAACGUUUUAAGGAUAUCUCAGUCGUAACAGUUACGGUGUUUUGAGAAUUUUGUCAUCAAUAUGUAUCUUUUUAUUUGACACUUAACAACUUUAUAAAAGACUCCAGAAUUGAAUAGAAAUUACAAGGAAUUAAGGUUAGAUUAAACAUGUUCAUGAGUGCAAGACGGUUACCCGAAUCAACUCGAAGUAGAUCUGGAUAUAUCAGUUGAGUUAAGAUGUUUCCUUCACUCACAGUUGAUGAAGAAACGAUUGCUGGCGGAGGAAUCGACACUUUCACUAAAAUACUGUGAGAUAGUGACUAAAACGAAUAAUCGGCAAAUUGCGGGUACCUAUGGUACAUGAGUGUUCUAUGAUAAAUAGAAAAAUUAUACAUUUCAAAUGUAUAAUAUGUAGAGAAAUCGACGUUAACCUCUCAUAUAUUUGAAAUGUUCGGCAACGUGACAAAAUACAUGAAACUGUAAACGGCAACAAUGAGUGGAAUAGAGACGCGCAAGUUGGACGAGUUACUUAGGAAGCUUCCGGAAAAUAGCGGGCUGGAUCCACGCUUGAUCGAGGCCGCCAAGACGGAACUCGACCUGCUGAGGUUCCGAGCGUGCGCCGGCAUCCAGAGUCAGAAAGUAGUGACUACAGGAGAUGUCGCGGUUUUGAAGGAACAACUACGUGAGAAGGAAACUGAAAUAUUAGUUCUGAAACAACUAUUAAGAGACAGAUCCAUGUUGCAUUCGGUGGAAAGGUACUCCGACUCUCAUCACGUGGCCAAGAUUAAAACGAAGUUCAAGCGUCUGUAUGAUAUGGAAUGGGUGGACGCUUAUCAGUUCUUUACUAAGAAAGACUGGAAGGACAUUGAAAUCGUCGUCACGUUGCAGAGGAUUUUACGAGCCAGCUAUGCAUUUUGUUCUGACGUCGCCAAAGAGCAACUUGACAACAUCAAAGGCGAAGCAAUAUUUCCAUCCGCAUCAUGGAUGGACGACGAAGGGAUCAUCACAAGGACUAAAAAACAAGGUCAGAUCUCCCGUGAAAUACGAGAACUGGCAAAAACGUACCAGCGGUCUACAUCUCGUGAAUGCUUAAAAGCUCUGCAGAAGACGUUUAUUUCUACUGUACUGCCCACUUUCAUCGACCCGAGCCAGUACGCGGACGAAUCCGUGACCCAGUUCGCCAGUCUGUGUGUAGACGUCACCUGGGCAAUGUGUGUACAGGAGCCGCCGAUGGUGUUCAUAGAUAAACUAGACAGAGGUUCCUCAUUCAACUCAGACAUGUUCCAGAAGUACAUCAACACCGGCAGUGAUAAAUAUGACUACCUCGUUUGGCCGGCCUUGCUGCUGUACCAAGACGGCCCGUUAUUGGUUAAAGGCAUAGCACAGCCGAUUAACAUCGACCGUCAUGAGGUCUCCCCGGGUAUAAAACCAGUACCGUCAGUUGCGUCCGUGAACUCCAUGCGCCAUACGCCAGGCCGGGUGGACGAAAUGGACACACGGGCGGAUGACGACCACGACUCGUGGGAGAGGGCCUCGAAACAAGGACAAACACCACCAGUACUGGUGCGACGUGAUAUGCCAAACGAGACGGCAGUUGCACCGCGCUCGCCGUAUUUCGCUCCUUAUUCAGUCCGAACGCCGAAGUCCGCGCCACGUGGCGUACCUGAUAUUGUGGUUGACCAGCAUGAUGAUCUGCGCAGUCGCCACAGCAGGACACAAGACAUAGGUCAAGGAAACCUGACGGUUGCUUGGAAACAAAGUCGCUUAACAAGUGCUCCAUAAUUUUUAUGCACUGAACAUGUUUUAUAGACGCAUGUUUGUCCUUGAUAAUUUGUUAUCAAAUUAAAUUCUAUUGAAUCGCACUAAAAAGUGAUAUACAUGUUUACAAAAUAAAAUAAAAUUAGCAGAUUA